AUGGCCGCAAAGCCCUUUUCUGUCACGGUACAUCCGUACCCAUCCAAAGUCAAGCACGCGUGUGCAUACGAGCUGGGCCCGCCCCAAGCUCGCAACGCCCUUAUCUUCGUUGGGGGCCUCGGUGAUGGGCCUCAUACUGUUCCGUACAUCCGAACAGUUGCUGCCAAGAUCGGGGCCGACGCGGGCCUCAGCUACUCUGUCUUUGAGAUCCGCAUACGCUCGUCCUUCUGCGGCUUCGGAUGGAACAACCUGACCAAGGAUGUUCAAGACAUAUCCUCUCUGGUCAAGUAUCUACGAGGCAUUGGCAAAGAGAAGGUGGUUCUCAUGGGCCACUCUACAGGCUCACAGGACUGCAUUGAGUAUGCCGACUAUGAGAAACAUCAGAACGAACCCGUAGAUGGCUUCAUCCUCCAGGGUUCGGUCUCGGAUCGGGAGGGCUUUUCCGUGGACCUUGGCAAAGACGAGGCGGAUAGGAUGGUCGCACUUGCCGCCGAGAUGAUCAAGGACGGCAGAAAAGACGACGCCGUUCCCAAGUCGAAACUAUCCCGGCCACCGUUCCCCUGGCCUGUGACUGCGUAUCGGCUUCAUUCUUUGGCAAGCGUUGGCGGCGACGAUGAUUAUUUUUCGUCGGACAUUCCUGAUGAGAAGCUCGCUGCAAUCUGGGGCCGGGUCAAACAGCCCAUCAUGGUUGUGCCAUCUGCUGAGGAUCAAUAUGUACCCAAGACUGUCGAUUUCGAAAAGUUGCUGGCCAAGUGGAAAUCAUUCUGUCCUUCCAUGAGCAAACUAUCGGGCUUGAUCCCUGGGGCAAACCACACUGUCGAUGCCGAAGCAUCCCAAGACUGGCUAGGGGGCAGAGUGGUCAGCUUUUUGAAGAGCUUGGACGGCCCGGACAGCAUCCCGGGAUAG